UACUGGAGAAGAUUCCUUGGCUUUUUUUUUUUUUUUAUUCCGACUCACUUUUGUCGGUAGUCGUUGUGUCGUGCGGUGUUCAGUUAUGUCUCAGAAAUAUUAGAGAGUACAACAAUUCAAGGUGGUGUCGUUAAAUAUAAAAAAAGCAUGGAAUCGGAUGAGGAAUCGGUCCCUACAGUGGUGGAGUUGGAUGCCAGUGACGAUGAGUUCAUUGAAGUUAUAGAAUCGAAAAAUUUAUGUUCAAAGAUGGAGUGUCAAGAGAUCGUGGAAAUAUCUACAAAUUCAGAUCUGUACCAAGAAGAUGUACACGCCAAUCGUACCGAGGAAACUGGACGCGCUACGCCGUCAGAACGGGAAAGCGAGAGCAAUGCCGCUCAGUUAAAGGCCAUGUUCCCAAACAUCGACGAGAAUUACAUCCGGCAGAUCUGCGAAAAUCCACCUGUCAGCGGUACGGGUGAGGAUACUUUUGUCCUUCUCAUCAAUCACCUGCUUACCCAUCAUGAAAAAGUCGACGAGUCCUUGAUCGAAGAAGAUGUCGAGGUGAUCGAUGAGACGUGGAUUCGUGACCAUGAGCUCUCCAACGAUCUCGAGAUUGAAGAACUGACUGCAGUCCAAGAAAAACUUAACGAGGAAGCGCGUAAUGAGCAACUUUUCAAAGAGUUGCUCGAUAAGGAACAGCAGGAAAAACUCAAUAGUGAGACUCUGAACGAGCUGCUGCUCAACAACUUGCUGGAGCAGGAGAAGCUGAAUGUAGAAAAUAAACUCACGAUUUUGGAAAGUAUUUUGCCUGAUGCGAAUCCAGAAGAACUAAAGAGAAUUGUAGAGUUGAAUGGUGAGAAUCCUGAUUUCCUCGAACAGAUGGUCGAGUCGAAACUCGUGGACAAGAACUAUGAGAAACGCUCAGAGUACUUUGCCAAACUCAGGAGCAGAACGAUGAUAGAGCAGUACACCAGCAAGUUUGAUGUCGAGGCAUUUGUGAGGCAGUUUCCAGAGCCAGUUGAGCACUUUGAGAAUAAAAACAGACAAUGUUCCCUCAAUAAGCAAGCUUUAAAGUUUCUACAAGACUCUUUUGUUUCGUUCGAUGAAGAAUUUUUGACGGAACGGUAUACUCACUUCAAUUAUAAUUUGAGUUUGACUGUUGAUUAUUUAAAAACCUAUGUUCAACCACGUGAAAAUCAAGACCAUGGAAUAGAAGACAUUCCACUGCUGCAAGAAAUAUGUUACAUCGUCAAUAAAGUAAAAAUUCAAGAGCAUGUAAAAGAGCUAGAGCUGAGAGAAGAACAGGAACUGAGGGAAUUGAGGGAAAAUAAACUUUUGUUGGAAUGCCAAUGCUGCUAUGAUGAGUUGAAACCCUAUGAGAGCAUAGAGUGUGAUAAUGGGCACAUGUUUUGUAAAAGGUGUAUAAUAAAAGGUACCGACACCGUUAUUUCUAGUGGUGAGGCAACUGUUUUGUGCUUCAUGGGAUGUAACAAAGAAAUUGGUUUGGAUAUUUUACGGAAAGUUCUACCAGAAAGUACGUUUGAAACAUUCUUGAAACGGCGACAAGAUGUGGAAGUUAAGGCUGCUGAUCUCAAAGAUUUAGCGAGCUGUCCUUUUUGUCCAUAUGUUAUGGAAUUAGGACCUGAAAUACAGAUAUUUAUAUGCCAAAACACGGAAUGCAAGAAAAUAACAUGCCGUAAAUGUAAAAAAGUAAAUCAUCUUCCCAUAAAAUGUGAAGAUGUUCUUGAUGAGCAUAAAGGUCGUUUGUUUAUUGAAGAACAAAUGAGCAAGGGUCUCAUACACUGUUGCCACAAGUGCCAGCGACCUUUUGUAAAACAAAGAGGCUGUAAUUUUAUGACAUGUCCAUUUUGCUUGGUAUCUUGGUGUCAUAUAUGUAAACAGCCUACAAAUAACCAUACUCAUGCUGACAGAUGUCCAGGUGGUGCAGGUGACCAGGCAUACGAUAUUCAACAAGUAAAUCUUAAACGCAAUUUAGCUAUUCAAAAAUUACGUCAAGAAAAUCCAGAUUUAAUUCUGGAAAACAUACCACCUGUAUAAUUCAAGUAUUGUGACUAAGAAUUAAUGAUUAAAAAAUUGUUGUUUUGUCUAUUAUGUAAACAUGUACCUUAAAAAAAAAUAUGAUACU